AUGCCUGGUAGGAUGUCUGCUCUAUUUAAGAUCGAGAUCAACUGGCUGCGCGGGAUCUACAUCGCGGUGUUCUUCUGCAACGCCAUCUUCGCAACCAUGUUCAAGACGAUCGGCCAAGGCCUGCUGUCCUCCUUCGGCACCUUUUCAGAAUGUGAUUCGGCGGAUAUCGAGUCUUGCCAGGGUAACCAGAUGAUCUUCCGAGCCAGCUUCAGUAUCUCCAUGUUCUUUCUGAUGAAAGCACUACUUAGUCGAUUUGGAUGGGUCCAGCCACGUCAACGGACAAUGAUGAUUCUGGUUUGGGUCGAGAUCCCGGUGCUAGUGGCUCUGCUAGUCGGCUCAUUCUACAUUCCAAACACAUUCUUUGACGGGUAUGUGCCUUUCACCCGAGUCGCGUCGGGGUUCUUCAUCCUCUUCCAGAUUUUCUCCAUCGUCAGCGUUUCAUAUCAAGUACGAGACACACUGUUGAACGCUAUCGAAAAUGCUGAAAAGGCUGCAACUGAGGGUAAACUGGACAAGGGAUCGUGCGCAGGAAGCGUGUGCUUGUGGAAAACAGCGUUUUUAGGGGUUUGCGCCGGAUCGCUUGUUGCCGUAGGAGCUGCUAUUGCUUACCUGUACAUGCGAUUCGGCGAUUGCUCGUUGGGUCUUGCAUUCACGACCAUUACAAUUGUGGCGGCUAGUCUUCUUAUCAUUGUUUGCAUAUCAUCGUGGCUGGAAGUGGGUUUAUUGCCACCUUGCGCUAUCUCGGCAUAUCUCGUACUUAUGUGCUGGCAAGCGUUAGUCAGCAACCCCGACAAAACCUGCGAGCAUCGUGAUCAUCCACCACCUACUCCUCAAGACGAGGAGGCGGCAAAUACGAACAGCAUGAUUGCCAAUGCCGUGAUCGCAGCCUUCGCUAUGACAUGGACGAGCUGGCGAACCUCGAGUGCAGCCGCCAAGUUACUAGUUCGGCGCUCACCCCCACCUCUCCACAGAGAUACUUCAAUCGGUCAUCCAGCUAAUAGCAGUGACCAAUUCACUGCUGUCGUCGUCAUGCCCACGCAACACACCGACGAAAUCCCAGCCACCACUCCAGCCGUAACUACAGUGGAGCCUUCCCAAGAAAAUCGAGAACUCAUCCAUGAACCGUGGCAAUUCUACAGUAUGAUGUGCCUUGCAGGACUGUACAUGGCGAUGGUGCUUACAGACUGGAAUUCUGCGGACGGCUCCUUCAACGCCGUAUCCAUGUGGGUGAAGAUCGUCGCGCAGUGGGUCACGAUUCUUAUGUUCUCCUGGACUCUUAUCGCUCCAAAGCUCUUCCCAGACAGAGACUUCAGCUAG